AAUGGACGGACUUUUCAUCAUAGGACAUCAGAACAUCAUCCUCUACCAGGAUUACAGCGAUUCCCUGAGAGAGAAAUUCAUGGAACUGGGAAAAGCUAAUGGAUUACUGGAGGAGAAUUUUGAGGACAAAGACUUAGACAGUGAUGUCGUUAUGCAACUCCUCAACCCUAUUGUCACAUCCCAGCGCGUGAUGUGCAGUCAAUUCGACAACAAAUACGUGCGAUUGCAGACAUUAGGCAACUUGAGUGUCAUCUAUGAUGAGUUCUUCGGCUUUCUGUACCUCAAGAUUGGCACUGGCGAUGUGGAGAUGGAGAAGACUGUGCUGUCAGCGUGUCGGGAAUUCAGCAAACUCAUCUGCGGUCCGGAUAUUCAACUGUUGCGGUUGGAUUUUGAGAAAUCCUCCCUGCUGAGGAAUCUCAUGAAAGCCUGGACGCGGAUGCAUGAACAGGAUCAAGCCACGCGGCUGGAAAAGGUGGAAUUCAUGCUGAUCAGUACAGAAUUGAGGAGUCAAAUUGUGGCCAAUGUGCAAGAAAGUUUGAGGAAUCUCAAGGAAGAGCAGCUCUUCUCUCGUCAUCACGCGCUGCUUUUCAGUCACGGGAAGCUCGUGUCGGAUUUCUCGUCCCGCUCCACGAGGGAUUUGUCAGCACGAGAUCUAUUGCACAUCAACGUCCUGAGCACACAGAUAAAGUCUUCAAAUUGCCAUCUAAUCUACUUGACAGGCACGCAAAACUCUUGCUUACCGCACAUAGUUUUUGGCCACCGCAUCUCAGACACCCUGAUCUUCCUCCUGGCCAUUGAGUACGACAACUCAGACGUGGCUGAUGUCAUCUUCGACACUUUGACCUUCCUGUGCAAGAUACACAAUUACCCUCUGGACGCGGACAACGUGAAGUCGAUGAUUGACAAGAGCGACAUGGCGAUCAAGCAGAUCCUGGAGGCGCUGAAAGGCAAUCGCAUGGCCAAAGUGGAGGCCGAGCGGAUGGGAAAGUCCGUGGAGAUUCGCUGGAAUGGCAUGAAGAAGAAGUUCAGCGAAUUGGCCAAGAAUUCCUCCUACAGAGAAGUGACAAAGUUCUUCGAAGCCUCCCUUCCGGGCCUGAUAGAUUGCCUGAAGCUGCUCUUCAAGACCCUCUUCUUCGACACUUUCCUGCCGUUGUCCUCCAAUAGCCUCCUCAUGGAGGUCUCCGUGACCUUCCAGUCCGGCAUUGAGGCUGUGCUCAGUGAAAUCUCCCUGGAGCAGCAGAAGGGCGCCAUGAAGGCGUACAUCGACGAGUAUCCUGGCCUGGUGCACUUUAUCUUCGUGGACAACAGCGAUGGUAGAAUAAUCUCGCCAGAGCGCAACUGGGAAGAUACCCGAUUGCUGUCCAGGGCGAAGUUCUUCGCCACCAUCGACAUGAUGGCCAAGUACAAGAAGAAGGGCCGCAGUUCGCUGAUCUGGAAGAGUCCGGCGCUCUCCUACUCCUUCUUCACGUGGUACGAGGACGAGUGUGGCCAGUACCUCGAUCCCAAGGACGUGCCUUCGUGUCCGGAGAAUCACACCACGUCGGCAAACUACUACCAGAAGAUCACAGAGACGCUCUUCCCACGCACGUCCGUGGCCAGGAUCAAAUCCUUCGAUCUCUAUCUCGUGCACUUGGGUCUCGUGAACUCCAAUCUCUGCCUGGAACACUCGCGUCGCAUCGCUGUGACGAUAAACGAUGUGAUUGGCAUCACGGGGAAUCCGUUGGACAUCCUCUGAAUACACAUGCCAAUUUACAAAAUUAUAUAAUGUCAGUAUUUCCAUUGCAGUGCAUUCGUCACAUGGAGACACAUAUUGUAAUCGAUAGAGAUGGGAAAUGUGCCAAGAAACCAAAGAUGAGCGGAAAUAAAUUGAUUACAUUCCAUACAA